AUGACAAAGAAGGAUCCAAAAACAAAUAAAUCUUUAAUUGAAGACUUCGCCAAGCAUUCAAGGGAGUAUCACAACCCAAGGGGGGAGGAUAUCACGACAAGAAGAGUGAAUGGAGAUGGAGCUUAUGAAUUCCUAACAACGGUAAUGGCAAAGCUCGAGUCCAUGGAAAAUAGGCUCACAAAGGUGGAUGGAUCCAUUAAUAUGGCACAUGAUAGAUGCAUAGAUUGUGGAGGGCCUCAUUCUACAAAGGAUUAUGAUGCGAGUACAAGAGAGAACGAGAUAUUCAUGGAAGCUAGCAAAAGAAGACAUGAUGCAACUGAUGCAACACUUAAAGUUCAACAAGCAUCUAUUUUGAGCAUCCAUACACAAGUUGGGCAAUUAACAAAAUUCUUACAAGAAAAUCUAUCGGGUCUACCUUCAAGAAAAGUCGAGUUAAUCCCUAUGGCUCAAUUCAUGACCGUUGAUACAAAAGAAGACGAUGAAUUGGUUCAUAUGAAGGACCUUGAAGAGGAAUUUAAUCAGUCCCUUGAAGCGAUAAAAGAAAAUUAUGAUUCCUCGGUUGUUGAGCCGUAUCAAUCACCUCUCCCUUUCCCAUCUCGUGCCAAUGAAAAUCUAGUGAAACAAGAAAACAAGAAGUUCCUUAAGCAUGAUGAAUUUGAAUGUGUGAAGGAAGAAGAAGGAGAGGAAUGGAAUGAGCCUUUACCAAAAGAGCAAUUGGAAAAAGAAGAAAAGCAUUUGAAACCUCCAAUGUCAACACCAAUGAUUUUUGAGGUGUUUGCUUUUACAAAGACACCAGAUCAAGUCACAAAGAGAGUUGAAGAAAAAGAAGAGGAAUAUGAUGAGCCUCAUUGUGAGAAGAAAAACCCGGAAAGAGACAAGACAAAAGCUAAAGACACGAGAAUGAGGAAAGAAUCCAAGAGGAAAUAUAAAGAAUAUGUCAACCCAACAAUGAAAGAAAGUUCAAGAAAGGCAUUCAUUAGAAGGGUUGCUUACAAAUGA